GUUGUUCCUCACUGUCACUUUAACUAUGGUGUAUUCCUUAACCUAUAAUAUCACCCAAAACAAUUGUCAUAUGUUUACUUUUGGGAUAAAAGGCAGAUUGGAAAGGUUGGAAUCAUCCUUUGGAUGUGCCCUCUCCCCAUGAACCUCAGCCGGAUGGAGGUGCACAGAUCAACUCUUUGUCCUCUUUGUAUGGCAGACGAUAUGGAUGAAGAUCACCUUUUCAUCAAUUGCAAGGAGGUGGUGGAUUUCUGGAGAACUUAUGCAGCAGAGUCUGAUGCACCCGUCAAUGGCAGCUCAUGGACAGUAGCUCAAUCCCUGCUUGGUUAUUGGUUGUCUUCAAACCGAACCACUUUUAAAGUUUCCCUCGCCGCCGGCACCACCAUGGCUGUCGAUUCCUCCACCGACAACAAACCUCCCCACCUUGCCUUCACUACAAUCUCCAACAUCAAGCUUCAUAUCCCUGUCCAACUCAGCAUCUCAGAACCCAACUAUAAGAAGUGGAGUCGUCUCUUCCGUCUCCUUGUCCUCCGCUUCAAUCUCAUGGGUUUUCUUGAAGGCACCACCAAAGCCAAAUCCUCCGACGACACGGAAUGGUUUCAAUUCGAUGCUCUUCUUCAAGGGUGGAUCCUAUCCACCGUCUCCGAUGAAGUUUCGGAUCUCGUCCUCGCCAACAGUCCAUCUGCUCAUGCCCUCUGGACGGCGAUUCACAAACUCUUUCAUGACAACAAACAUGCUCGGGCAAUGCAGUUGGAGCACCGUUUCCGGACAACUGUCAAGGGAAAUCGGUCCAUCAACGACUAUUGUCAUCUCCUCAAAAAUCUGGCGGACUACCUUGACGAUGUGGAUGCUCCGGUGACCGAACAUGCCCUCGUUCUCCAGGUUCUUCAAGGCUUGCCCCAAGACAUUCGGGGCCAAGUGCACUUCUUGCAGUAUCAAAAUCCUUUCCCAACAUUCCUGGAGGUUCGCUCGGCUCUCCUCCUGGUGGAACAGCAGCAAAACGACGCUCUCUCUAACCCUGGGCCGCCGACUGCCCUCCUUAGCACCUGCGGAGGCAGCCACACAGCCGGCGAAGGCUAGUCGCGGCAGUCCAGUGGCGGCUCUGUACGGG